AGGCCCCAUCGCAUCACCGAUCCCCUGCACACGAGUCUCCUACACAAGAGGCGGGACAUACUACUGGUGAUGGCAUGCACACCCCGCAGUGGCAGCAUGAUCCGUUUGGUGGCUCUACUAGUGGGGGGGAUGUGCAGACUCCGCACAUGGGUGUCCACCACUUGCCCAUAUUCGGUGAGUCGAGUUCUUAUGGUGGGCCACGCUACUCGUGGGCUGAGCAGGGCACGAGUUCAGCAUACUCGCUUGAGCCGCCUCGUUCUUCGAUGACGAUCCUUAGAGAUGCCGGAUAUUCUCAGGCAGAGAUGCACGAGUAUUGGAAGCAGUAUAGUGGGGGAGUUUCUGAGGCAGUAGAUGUUGUUCCCCUCAGUAUUUGUGCACCAGAGGUUCCACGCAGAAGCCAACGACAACGGAACCCGUCGGCUGCACUUCGGUCACCAUACGUGCACAGCGCCGUGCCGAGACCCGUCGAGCAACAGUAUGUUGACGGGUUUGAGCGUAUGAUGGAAGCUGGCCGCCGUGGACACUACCAGCCGGUGGUGGUGGCAGAGAGCGAGCACCCUCUCCCAUAUAACUUUUGGACCCAAAUGCAAAACACGAGGACUGACCUCUCGAGCAAUGCUGUUGAUAUGUACAUGAUGACGAUGAGAUCGAGGUUGAUGAGGGGUGCUGACUUGAUAGACGGUGUUGAUCAGAGGACCACUAUCAUAUUGGAUACAGAAUUAUUCAAAUAUUUGGAUGAUGAAUUCAAGGAGUUGAUGUCAGCAUGGCGCACUAUGUUUUCCUCGAAGGCAGAAUGACGGCUUUCGAGGUCCGA